AUGGAUCGUAACGUCUAUGAAGCAUGCAGUGAUCUCAUUACUGAAUUCAACACACAUGUCAUCAGUGCUGAUGAAGUUCUUGCUGAAAAAGUAGAUCAUCUCGUCCCGAUUCCCUUCAAGACAAGAGAAGACUUACAACAAGCAGAGACAGAUGGAUUGUUCUCCACCGACUUACUGCCGAAUAUAGACCUAAGGGUCCUACAUUAUUUCGCCACUCAAUUGUGCUUGCAACGAUAUCCACAAUUGAUUAAUACGCUGGAGGAGACUAGUUUGAUAACUUUGGGUCUAUUAGUUGAAAAAUGGGUACAGGACUAUCUAACUGCACAUCAAGAUAAUGAAGAUGACGGAGAUGAUGAUUCCAUCGGUGAGGGACCAUCACAGGCAAUAUCCAUUGUCACUGACUAUUAUACUAAUCCUGCCAAUAUUUGA